AUGAUCAACAUCGAACUGCCAAAUAAUACCCAUAACACACAAUUGAGAGCUAAAGUUGACACAGGUGCUCAAGCAAACAUCCUACCACUAAGAUUAUACCGUAGCAUGUUCCCAGCGAAUAUCAGCUAUGGAUGGUAAACCCAAGAUAAGUGCAGUUAAAAAGUCCACGACCACCCUUACAGCAUACGGGGUACUGCAAUUCCACAAUUUGGUACAUGCGAAAUAAAGUGCUCAUACAAGAACAACAGCACAAGCGCUACAUUCUAUGUGGCUGAUGUACACAGUAGAGCAAUUAUUGGAUUACCAACUGCACUAGAUCUUCACUUGAUUACGUUGAACUGUUCAGUAGAGAAAUCGCAAGUACAAGAGACCUCGCCUACUAAGGACACGGCAGAGCUUAAACCAAGCACUUGCAUAGAUAAUAAAAUCUCACCUGAUUGCACAAUACCCAAAUUGUUUCAAUGGGAUUGGCAAAUUCCAAGGCGAAUAUCACAUCACCUUAGACCCUUCAGUUCCACCUGUCAUUCACCCACCCCGACGCGUACCGAUUAGCCUUAAAGAUGAUAUCAAACACGAGUUAGAAGAGAUGGAACAGCUAGACAUUAUAACCAAAGUUCGAGAAGGUGAACCCACAGCAUGGGUCAACAGUCUAGUUUACCGAAGGAAACCCAAUGGGAGGCUAAGAAUAUGCCUGGAUCCGAAAGACUUGAAUGCUGCUAUCCAACGUGACCACCACGUUACCCCAACCCUAGAAGAAAUCCUACCAAAGUUGAAUGGUGCUACCCAUUUCUCUAUCCUCGACGCAAGAAGCGGCUACUGGAACGUGACACUAGAUGAAGAAUCCAGUUAUUUAACAACAUUUAACUCGCCCUUCGGGUGA